AUGGAUAUUGAGAGCAUGAACUCGUCAAGGCCGGUAAGUAGUAAGAUGAAGAUGAUUCUGGUGUCAUCCAUCGCUGCCGGAGUGCAAUUUGGCUGGGCGUUGCAGUUGUCCUUGCUAACACCCUACGUGCAGCAACUGGGGGUCCCACACAAAUGGUCCUCCGCCGUCUGGCUGUGCGGGCCCAUUUCUGGUUUGGUGGUGCAACCCAUCGUGGGUUACUAUAGCGACCGUUGCAAAUCUCGCUUCGGUCGCCGCCGACCAUUCAUAGUGGCAGGUGUUGCGCUCGUUGCCAUCGCCGUCUUCCUCAUUGGAUACGCCGCCGAUAUAGGCGGAGGAGGAGUCGCGUUCUUGAGAGAAAUCAAGGGUGCUUUUAAAGAGUUGAAGAAGCCGAUGUGGAUCUUGCUUUUGGUCACUUGCUUGAACUGGAUUGCAUGGUUCGGAUUCUUACUAUUCGACACAGAUUGGAUGGGGAAAGAGGUGUACGGAGGUGAGGUCGGGAAAGGACAUCUGUAUGAUAUGGGAGUUAGGGCUGGUUCACUAGGGCUCAUGCUAAACUCCAUCGUGUUGGGACUCAUGUCUCUUGGGAUUGUCUACUUGGUUCGCAGAGAUGGGGCUAAUCUACUUUGGGGAGUUGUCAACUUUCUACUAGCCAUUUGCCUGGUCAUGACCCUAUUGGUCACUAAGUUGGCUCAGAAGCAUCGACUUGCAUCGCUGCCCCCCCCUGCCGGUAUCAAGGCCGGCGCUUUGCUUAUAUUCGCGGUGUUGGGGAUACCGCAAGCGGUGACCUUUAGCAUUCCCUUCACCAUGGCCUCCAUAUUUUGCAGCGACUCCGGCGGAGGACAAGGGCUUUCGUUGGGAGUUUUGAAUGUUGCAAUUGCACUACCACAAAUGUUUGUAUCUCUAGUAAGCGGACCGUUGGAUGCUGCUUUCGGAGGUGGUAACUUACCGGCGUUUGUGAUGGGAGCCGUUGCUGCUGUAAUAAGUGGAAUACUGGCCUUCACUUAUCUUCCGUCUCCUCAACCUGAUGAUCAUACAGCUGAAAACAACGUUUUAGAUGUUGUAGUAUAG